AUGGGAGAUAAAUCAUCAACAUUCAUUACGCUUUUGAUUACUGUUAUGAUUCUUUCUGGGGCAGCUAAUACAAUAGGUACCUAUUUCAAUUUUUAUUUAUAGUCCAUAAAUUAUAAAAUACAAGCAAAGUUUCAGUGGAUGGAUGGGAAACAUCAAAAUUCAAUCAUCCUUAUAUGCAAGCAGUUACAUUUUUUUUUUGUGAGUCUUUAUGCUUUUUAUUAUUUUUAAAUAUAAAGAAAAAGCCGUAUUAUAAGUAAAAGUGUAGAGAAGCAGCAGCAAAAGGGUAAUAAUGAAAAUUUAUAGAAUAGAUUAAAAACGAAAGUUAAUUAUGGUUGGAUAGCUAUUCCAGCGAUGUGCGAUUUAACUGCCUCAACCUUGGCUUAUAUAUCGUUGAAUUACCUUCCUCCAUCAAUUUAUCAAAUGUUAAGCGGAGGAGCAAUCAUUUCAACAGCCAUUAUGUCUAAAUGCUUUUUAAAGCGACAUAUCAAAAAAUAUUAAUGGUUUGGAUGUUUUUUUGUUUUGGUAGGUAUAACAUUAGUAGGGAUGAGUUCAUUUUUCUUCCCUCCUAAAAAUGAAAAUGAUGACUCAAAAUCUGAAUUUGGAACUGCUUACUUUAUAUCAGUUGGAUUACUGUUACUAUCAGUUCUAAUGAAUGGAAUAAAAUUUGUUUCUGAAGAGAAAUUAUUUGAUGUUUAUUACAUACACCCUUUUGAAAUUGUUGGUAUUGAAGGAUUGUAGGGUUUUUCAGUCUAUUCUAUUUUGGCAGUAGCUUUGACUUUUAUUUAAUGCCCAAGCUCUAUGAAUAAUAUCUGCAUAUAAAAACGAAUGACGGAUCUGUUUUAUUUUGAAAGAGCUGAUUUUUAUUUUUUGCAAAUUUUUGCAAGUGGUUUAUUACUCUUGUGGGUUAUUUUAAGUAUAUUUACAAUAGCAACGUUCAAUAUUUGUGGUGUUUCAGUCACUAAAUAUGUCUCUUCCCUGGCCAGGUAAAAACAUUUUAAUUUAGAUCAAUUGUUGAUGUUUCAAAAACAUUAAUUAUAUGGGUAGUUUCAUUGGCUAUCACAUGGAUAGACCCAUAGUUAUAAUGGGAGAACACAAGAUGGCAGGCAAUUGUAUUAGAAUUAAUUGGUUUCUGCAUAUUGGUGACAGGAAAUCUAAUCUAUAAUGGGAAGAUCAAAUUGAAAUUUCAUGGGGAAGGUGUUCAAAGUAAAAUGUCUCUAAAUCUAUAUAGUCGAUCCAGAAAAAUUUUUAGAUAGCAACAAUGGUGAAUGAGUAAAGG